AUGCACCGGUCGAAUCUUCGUCGUCGAACAAAAACGCGGAAACAAAAGAAAUAAUCAGUUUGACAAAACAAAUAUCAGCGAGUCGGCAGAAAGUGAGCGUAGUUGGAGCUGACAGCUGUCAGCUAACACCGUAGCUUCACUAACUCCACCUGAAAGAAGUACCAUGGCUUUAAAAAGAAUAAAAAAGGAGUUAGACGACUUUUCGAAGGAUCCUCCAGCUUCCUGUUCAGCUGGACCCGUAGGAGACGACAUGUUUCACUGGCAAGCUAGCAUCAUGGGACCGGUUGACAGCCCAUAUCAGGGAGGAGUAUUCUUCCUUUCUGUCCAUUUUCCCACUGACUAUCCCUUUAAACCACCGAAGGUUGCCUUCACAACAAAAAUCUUUCACCCGAACAUAAACAGCAAUGGUAGCAUCUGCCUCGACAUCUUGAGACAACAGUGGUCCCCUGCCCUCACAAUAUCAAAAGUUUUAUUAUCCAUAUGCUCCUUGCUAUGUGACCCAAAUCCAGAUGAUCCACUAGUCCCAGAUAUUGCACAAACCUACAAAACAAACAGAGCGCAGUACAACAAAAGUGCUAAAGAGUGGACUCAGAAGUAUGCAACUUGAGGACAAUGAUUCAUCCCUGAACACCUCAAAUAUGACAGUACUGUUUCAACUCCUCAUCCACACUGGUUCUAGUUAAGGUGUUUUAUUCGCUUGGGGCACUUUUUUCCUCGGACUUUACUUGACUUAACUGUUUUUACUGUUUAUUUUAUUUUCUCUUUAAAUUAGCAUUAUUAUUAUUAUUAUUAUUAUUAUUAUUAUUAUUAUUAUUAUUAUUAUUAUAAGCUGUGGUGGGAUGGCCUGAUUGUAUUUUUCUUUUAAUAGAUUGUUCAAGACUAUACUGAGUUUAUUUUUCAUCAUUUUUCAUUAAAACAUUAAUCAAAA